AUGGAUCUCAUAACCAAACUUACCGGUCUUCUGGUUCAAGUACGCUCUUUGACUGAACAAGAGAACGCCACUUACGGAUUCUCAAGCAUUCAAGACUCAUUGCGUGAUAUCAAAUCAAGUAUCCAUGCAAGCAACGUUCAGUAA